UGAAACUGCUGGACACUGAUGGGUGGCACUCCUAGGCACUGCUGGGGACAGGUGGGUGGCACUGCUGGGCACUUGUGGGUGGCAAUGCUAGGAACUGAUCAUCAGGGCACUGAUUAUCAGUGCCCUGAUGAUCGGUGCCGAUCCGUCCUCUGACAAUUGCCGGGCACUGAUGAUCAGUGCCCUGAUGAUCGGUGCCCAGCAGUGCCACCCACAAGUUCCGCCCACCUGUGCCCAGCAGUGCGCCCACUAGCUCCGCCCACCUGUGCCCAGCAGUGCACCCACCUGUGCCACUCUGCAGUG